AUGCGCCGCCUCCUGCUCGUCGCCGCCGCGCUGCUCGGCGCACGCACGCACAAACAUGCGGCGCACAUCGCACCCAUCGACGUGCCGGAGACGGCGGCGCGCUUCGUCGUCAUCACGCAGCCGCGGUCCGGCUCGACGUGGUUCGUCAAGUACAGUCGGCUCUUCGCGCAGUGCCCCGGCGUCGUCACCGCCGGCGAGGUGCUGCACCCGGAGACGUUGGCCGAGGCCGCGCCGCGGAUAUUGGGCCGCGCGGCCGAGGCGCCGCUGCGCUUCGUCGACUACGUCCGCUACGUGCGCGGCACGUUCGACGAGCUCGGCGCCGGCCGCGGCUGGCGCGGCGAGCUCGCGGCGGCCGUCGGCGAGCCGAACCUCGCGGCGUCGCUGCGGUCGUUCAGCCCCGUGCGGGCCGUGGGCUUUAAGCUCAUGUACGCGCAGCUGCCGCUCCACGGGCCCGGCGCGCCCGUCGCCGAGAGCGGCAUGCUGCGCAACGUCACCCUCAAGGGCUUCCUCAAGUACGCGGCGCAGUCGAAGAUCGCCGUCGUGCACCUCGUGCGGCUGAACCACCUCGAGCGCUUCAUCUCGCUCGCGGCCAUCGACGCGGACCCGGCCGCGUCCUACCACGCGCCCGACGGCGCGCCGACGGCGCUGAGCCGGAGCGGCGCGCCGGCGAGCCGCGUGACCGUCGACGUGGCGAAGGCGCUGCUCUUCGCGCGCGCGCAGGCGCGGCAGAACCGGCACCUCCAGCACUUUCUGGACGCGUCCUGCGGCAAGUUCGGCGCGACCUGCGUCACCGUGGCCCACGAGCACCUCGUCGGCGACGGCGCGCCGGCCUACUUCCGGGCCGUGCGCAACGCCAUCGGCCUCGGGCGCUGCGCGCGCUUCGACGUCGACGCCGCGGCGCCCCGCGGCGCCGGCGACGACGACGACGUCGCGACGCUCGGCCACGGCGGCGUCGACGACGCGUCGGAGUGGGUGCCCUGCGCGGCCCGCGUCGCCAACUGGGGCGAGGUCGCGGCGAGCCGCGAGUUCAACGGGACGCUCUGGCGCGACCUCUGCGAGGGGCGGAACGCCCGGACGAUGUCGACGCCCGGCGAGUACCAAUGGAAGGAGACGGCGGAGAAGGUCAUCGUGCGCAUCAACCUGCGGGGCUGCAGCGCGAAGAGCGUCGACGUCUACGCCGCCGACGUCUACGCCAAGGUGAGCUACCCGCCGCGCCUCGUGGAGCUGGAUCUCAUCAACGAGGUCGACGAGGACGGCGCCGUGGCGAAGAUCAAGGACGGCCACCUCACGCUGAGCCUCCCGAAGAAGCAGCCCGGCGAGACCUGGGGCGCCCUCGUCCUCGACCGCAAGCAGUUCCAAAAGCGCGAGCUCCUCGAAAGGCGCGCGGAGGCCAAGGCGCGGCGGUCCGCGCGCGAGCAGGAGAUCGGCGAGCGCGCCAAGGACCGCAAGCAGGAGGACGACCGCACGGCCCUGCGGAAGCAGAUGAAGCUCGACGAGACGGAGCGGUGCACCGUCGAGGAGAAGAAGGCGACGGAGAAGAGCCGCGCGGAGGAGGACAUGUACGAGGCCUUUAAAGAGAUGAAGGUCAAGGAGGCGAAGCUCAAGGCCGAGGCCGAGCAGGCCAAGCUCCUGGAAGAGGAGGAGGAGGAGGAAGAAGAGGAGGAGGAGAAGGUGCGGGAGGUCGGCGACGACGGCGGCUUCGACCUCGACGGCGCCGCCGAGGAGCCCGCGCCUCCGCCAAAAGUCCCCGCGGCGUCCGCCGACGCCGAGAACGCCCCGGCCGCGGAGAACGUAGCGCCGAAGAAGAAGUCGCGCAAGGCGCGGAAGAAGGCGGCCGCGGCCGUCCGCGGCGGCGGCACGGCCGUCGUCAACGUGAGCCACACGCCGCGCGUGUUCCCGACGCCGAUGCGCGAGUCCAAGCUCCGGGACGAGAACGAGUGGAUCUCGAAGAACCGCACGCACCUCCACAAGAACAAGAUGCUCUUCGGCAAGUCCAUCGUCGGCACGGACGGCCGCGGCAUCGAGGAGUGCGACCCCACCUGGCUCAAGGGCCGCGCGGACCACUUCUACGCGUCGCGCGACUACCGGAGCGCCGAGAGCGCCUACUCGGCGGCCCUCGAGCUCGACCCGGACCAGCACGCCUGCCGCGCGAACCGCGCGGCCUGCUACCUGCGCCUCGAGCGCCACGCGGACUGCGUCGCCGACUGCGCCAAGGCGCUCGAGGGCGACGUCGCCGCGAAGCUCCGGACGAAGAUCCUCGCGCGGCGCGGCGCGGCGCGGUGCGGCCUCGGCGCCUACGCGGCGGCGGCGGCGGACUUCGGGGACGCGGCGGCCCUCGCGGACGCGGCGUCGCUCGGCCAGCAGCAGCUCCGCGACGACGCGGCGCGCGCGCGGACGCUGGCGACCGCGUCGGACGCCAAGGCCGCGGGCGACGCGGCGCUCCAGCGCGGCGACGCGGCGAGCGCCGAGGCGUCCUACGGCGCCGCGCUCGACGUCGAGCCGCACUUCGUCUCCGCGCUCGCGAACCGCGCGGCCGCGCGGCUUGCGCGCGACGACGCGUCCGGCGCCGUCGCGGACUGCUCCGCGGCGCUGGCCCUCUUCGAGGGCGCGGACGACGGCGCGCGCGCCGCCGGGCCCGUGCCCCCGGCGGGCAGCGACAAGCGCCGCGCCUGGGUCCUGCGGACGCUCGCGCGGCGCGGCGCGGCGCUGGCGGCGCUCGGCGAGCUCCGCGCGGCCGUCGCCGACUACGAGACGGCCGCGGCCAUCGCGCCGGGCGACGAGAAGCUGGCGUCCGACUUGCACGCGCUGAAAGCCAAGGCCGACGCCGCGGAGGCGAGCCCGCCGCCGCCGCCGGCGGAGGCGGACGCCGCGCUCGACUGA